AUGGGCAUCACUCAGCAACAACAACUAACAGCCGAACUGAAACAGAAGAUGGAAGCGGAUUUCGAAGCACAACUAAAGAAAGCUUUACAGGCCAGAGAAUUAUCAAGCUUGAAAAACGAGCUUGAGCAAUCAACUGACGUCGAUAAACAGCAGCAGCCGCAACGAACAAACCAGCAGAAUCACCGACUCGAAGAGGACGAAUUCGAUUUCGAACACGACGACACCAGUAACGCUCAAGACGACGGUUUGGGCGCUGUCGGUGAUCUGGAGACGAUGGCAGAUGAAACAGCUGCAGCAGCAAGAGCAACAGCUCUUCUGCGAUCAGAUCAGAUCAGAGGUGUUCAAUCACGAGACCAGGCUCGAUCGAUCAUGAUUCCAUCGUUACUGAAACAAGGCACGACAACACCAAGAAGAAGAGGAGGCAGUCUCGUCGUCGCUAGCCCUAAGAACAACGACAACAACUCAAAACACCAAGUGCCGCUCCAAAAACGUGCGGUUGCAAGUCGACUGUGUGGCAAUAAGCUGGUUGAGGCGAUCAUUAGAGUUUGUAACGGGUGCGUGAAACCAGCUGGAGGCAAGCCGGUCAGUGCAAAACGAUGUAAGUUUAUUUCGCUCAGUUCAAUUUAA